AUGUGCGGGGGGAUGGCGGCGAAGGGGCCGGGCGGGCCGCGGUGGUGGCAGAACCGGCGGGCGCGGCUGCUGUGCAUGCUGGCGCUCACCUUCCUCUUCUUCGUGGUGGAGGUGGUGGUGAGCCGGGUCACGUCGUCGCUGGCCAUGCUGUCCGACUCCUUCCACAUGCUCUCCGAUGUCAUGGCCCUGGUCGUGGCGCUGGUGGCCGUGCGCUUCGCCCAGCGCACCCGCGCCACCAAGAAGAACACCUUCGGGUGGGUGCGGGCCGAGGUGAUGGGCGCCCUCGUCAACGCCGUCUUCCUCACCGCCCUCUGCUUCACCAUCCUGCUGGAGGCCAUCGAGCGCUUCACGGAGCCCCACGAGAUCCAGCAGCCGCUGGUGGUCAUCGGCGUGGGGGUGGCUGGACUCAUCAUCAACCUGCUGGGGCUCUGCCUCUUCAACCACCACGGCGUCGGGGGCCACGGCCAUUCCCACGGCCACGGGCACUCACACAGCGGCAGGCAGCACCCCCGCAGCAGCCCCAAGCCCGAGCAGCCACCCGGGGAUGGGGAGGCUGCGCUGCACCGGGAGGAGACCAGCACCUUGGUGGAGAACUGCAGCAGCUCCAACGGAGUCAGCCAGGAGAAGCUAGGUGAUAUGAAAGACGACAUGGCUGACCUACAAGUGAAUGGGAACGCUGGUCAUUAUCCUCUGGACGUAGAGGAGGUUGAAGAAGACUCUAGUGCACAGCUUAAUAUGCGUGGAGUUUUUCUACAUGUUUUUGGAGAUGCCUUAGGUUCAGUAAUUGUGGUAGUGAAUGCCUUGCUCUUUUAUGGGUUGUGGAAUCCAUGCCCCAAAGAUGGGCCCUGCUUUAAUCCAUGUGUCAAUAAUCAUUGCAUGGAAAAUGCUACUUUAUCCCAAACACUUGGCAGAGCAAACAAAUCUGAGCAAGAGAGCAUUACGGUGGCUGGUCCAUGCUGGUUGCUAUAUUUAGAUCCCAUUCUUUGUUUGAUGAUGGUUUGUAUACUGCUGUACACAACUUACCCAUUACUUAGGGAGUCAGCCCUUAUACUUCUACAGACUGUUCCCAAACAAAUAGAUGUUCAUUCUUUGAACUCAAAGUUACGUACCCUUGAAGGAGUUGAAGCAGUCCAUGAAUUACACAUUUGGCAGCUAGCAGGCAGUAGGAUCAUUGGCACUGCUCACAUAAAGUGUCCUGACCCUUCCACAUACAUGAUGGUGGCAAAGCGCAUAAAAGAGAUCUUUCAUGACGAAGGGAUUCAUGCAACUACCAUUCAGCCUGAGUUUGCCAGCGUUGGCUCUGAAUCAGGGAGAGGGAAAUGUGAGUUUCCUUGCAGGACUCAGUGUGCUUUGAAGCAGUGUUGUGGAACAGGAGAAGAUAGUACUGCAAAGAAGACAGAAAAGUCUUCGUCACUUAGUAUUUCUUGUUCAGAAGUUGUCAUUGAAUUUCCGAAAACUAGGAGGACUAAGUCGGAGAGCAUCCCUUCAGUUAAGCUAGAGGCAAACACCGAUCAAAAUGAGCAGUUUGAAUCAUCUUUGUAACUCCCUGAAUGGUGCUACCUGAGUUUUGGUGACUUUGACAACAGCUAUAUUGCAAGAGGAAGAGACAGACGUUUGAGAUGCAAUUUUGCCAAGUAGUGUAAUUGCUGAAGUCCUUGUUCUUGUCAUAUUGCUAAAUCUAGAAUGCUUGUUUUAAAGAACAUAAUGUCACUGUCAUGAUACAAUGUGUUUGUGUGGACUUUGUACUGAGACAGACAAAAAGUGCACCAAUGCUGUAACAACUUCAGAAAACCAGUUUCAACGUUUUGGCAGAGACACUUUUUGCUGUGCUUCACAUUAAAAUAUUUUUUCUAGUGAAAAGCUAUUUGAGGGAUAAGCAUGUAGGAACUCAAUUUGUGUUACAGAUUUCUUGGACCUACUCUUUCCUUUAAUAUUUGAUUUGUAGAUAUUUUAAUAUAUUGUUUAUUUAGAAGCCCUAAGGAAACCAAAGUUCAUAGAACAUUUUUAAAGAUGUAACUACUUAAAACUGGAAACCACUUUGCAAUUUCACAUAUUUUUCUUAAAUCUAUGUAAUAAUAAAUGUGAAGGCUUUUCUAAUGAAUUUAUCAUAUAGCAUAUUUUAAAGAGAACAUCAUGUAAUUGUUAGAAACUGUCCCCACUUUUUCUGGUAAGGUAGUGAGGUAAUUAAAGUCAACUGCUUGUGAAAAUACCAGAUGUGGAAGGGUUUUUUUUUCUACCAGAAUGGAAGUUCAAGCUACUGUAUACUGCUCUGUGAUCAAGACGUGAGACUGACUGAUAAAGUAAUGCAUACUUUCAUAUUUUAUGGAUUUUCUGGUGGUUUUCCUUAUUUCCAAGUUGUGUCUGGUCAUAAAAAUCUUCAAAGUUGAAAGAAUCCUUGACUCACAGUGCUAUGAAUAAAGAGCUGGAGCUUCAUUUUUAACAUGCUCAAUUUACUAAGAUAAAAGAAUUAGUUAUGUCAGUAAGUGCUCUGUUGGGGAAAGUCUGCCAAGCACCAACAGUGUAAUUCAUGCUUUUAAGCAUAGACAGUAGCCUCCGUAACAAGUAAUUCGGUGGUGCAUUUUGCUUGUAGUUGAGUGUGUGUCUGUAAGCGCUUGCAGUGACUGCGGUCCUGGUCUCCUUCAUGUCCUCAGGAGCAUUCUGUUGACUUUUGAGGAGGUGGGGCAGGGAGUAGGAUUUAAUUCACUGUAUUUCACACUUUGAGAUGUUAUGUGUCACAUAAUUUCACUUAUUAAGUAUCCAAAUGGUUUAAUAUGUUAACUCAGUUGACAACUGGCUCUAAAGAAGCUGUUACAGUAUGCUGCCAACUUACACCUUAACAAAGGAGAAACUGGUCUAUGGACUCUGAAUUUGGCAGAGACUGGAUGAGUGUUGAAGAUAAAACAUACAAGAAACCUAAUCUAAAACCCUGACCCUUUUGAUCCACCUUCAAGUUAUGUAUGGGAAAUAAUGUCUUGUGAUUUAAAUGACUGCUCCUAUGCUCAAAACUGGAAAACAACUUGGAUCUUCCAUUGUUUGCUCUAUGACUCUGGACAUGAUAAACACUCUGCCUCAGUUUCCCUGUCUUAAAAUGGGGAUAAUACCUACCUCACAGGGGUGUUGUGAGGCUUAACUCUUGUGUGGAGAGCUCUGAGAUCUGUUACUGGAAGGCACUGGAAGGAGUAUAAGAUACUAAAUUACAUGGUAUUUACUUCUUUUACAAAUGUAUUGCAAUACCUAGGCACAACAGAGGGAACUGAGGAUAGUUUUGGCCUUAUGAAAUUCUUUGAUGCUGUGGUUUUCAGGUUUUUAACAGUAUUUAAAUGUAGAUUUUUUUUAAAAAAGAAUGUUUUGUUAGCGAAGGGAAUGUAGCUUUGCCUCCAGAUACAGAACACCUCGCUAGUUUGCAUUUCUAAUAUGUGUCUCAUAUGAUAAUUGCUCCUAAGUAGUUCAAAAUAGUGUGCUGCUCAUCAGACCUGGAUUGGCCCAGGUCAUGUCAGUGGUCUUACCCAACUUCUCAGCAGAGCAUUGCAGUCAACUCUUGAUUAUCCAUGGGUGGAUUACCAGUGUUGUGUAUUAACUGUGCAGUCUACAGGGCCAGAUGAGCUCUGUAUCACAUGCCAAUGCGUUGCCCAAAUGCUAUGUGCCAAAGCAUCAGGGAAAGUAGAGGAGCUCAGUCCAGUUUCACGAGAGCCCCCUCUCACAAGGUUUGUGAGCUUGGGUGCAGCGCAGCACCAUGCAGUUAUUUUGCCUCUUGGCUGCUCAGAUGCAUCCGCGGGAAGCUGCAGUGUGUGUUUGGGUCGGUUCAGCUUUGUGCUAGCUUGGGGAUGUUGGUGCUUCACAGCCAUUGGCAUCGCUCACCUUUUUCUGUGUUUGUGCUUGUUGUAUAGUCUCAUAAACUAACUUAAAUAUGUUAAUAUAGUAUUUAUAUAUGUUUUUGUUUUGUCUGAAUUAUCUUAACACUUUCUUCUGUUACCUGUACAUGAUCUAGAGUUGACUGUUAAAUGAGAUCUUGUAUGAGACUACAUUUGCAGAAUAUGCUACCACUGCUAGUAUACUACAAAGUAUUAACCAAGUAAAUUUUGAAAUGAACAAAGUACUAUUUUUUUUGGAAAUGUGUAUCCUUGCUUUUUAUGAUAAACUUUGACUAAUUAUUUUGAUCACUAGUUUAAAAUUGGUCUCAGUCAUUAGUAUGAAUUAUUGAGGUCCUGCUGUAUAUCACUUAGGCACCAUAGAACUACUGCUCUUUAGUU